UCCCUCUCUCUCUCUUUUUGAAGAUGAGCUCAUCACUUGGGUUUACAGUGAUGCUCUUGAUCACGACGAUGCUCGCGAAUGGCGUGACCUCGGACGUGGCGCAAGACAAGCAAGAGUGCGAGGCCCAGCUGGUCAAUCUCUCGCCAUGCCUACCCUUCGUCGGCGGCGACAGCAAGGCUCCAUCCGUGCCAUGCUGCGCAAAUCUGAGGAAGGACCUGGACGAGACGAGGCGGUGCUUGUGCAUGCUGAUCCGAGACCGCGACGAGCCGGGGCUCGGCUUCAAGCUCAACGCCACCCUCGCACUCGCCCUCCCUUCUAUUUGCCACUCUCCGUCCAAUGCCUCUCACUGCCCUGCUCUUCUGCAUUUGGAUCCGAACUCCCCAGAUGCUCAAGUUUUCGAGCAAUUCACAAACGCAUCGUACGCCGGGAGCAUCAACGGAGAUCGAUCCAGCCUCGUCUCAAGCAACGGUUUGGCAAAAGGACCUUGGCGUGUCGGAGUCGCCUUGUGGCUCCUGUUAAAUACUCUUGUUGACAUGGUCUGAGAUGUAUUUACUUGCCAUAGCUUCCCCUCUUUCUUUGUAAAAUGAUCAUGGACAUGGUAUGGAGUUGGUAGUACUGAGCUUAGAAGCAAUAUAUCAAUAAUUUGUGGCUACUUAUUUUUCAUGUGCGUAGGCUGUGAAGGGACCCGUGUUGCGCCAUGGAGUGCCCUAAAGUUAUAUGUUUAAAUAAUACGCGUUUUAACGCUCUAGUAUCAAUGUAUAAUUUAUAUGUAUUACGGGACCUUUCCUGUAAUUAUGUUUCUAGUUGUAUCCUUACUGUAGUUAGUCACUCCAAUAAAUGCAUAUCAUACAAUCCUAA